AUGACUUCUGAUGUACGAAAUUUCGCUUCCUCAAAUAACACACAAAACCCUGUUGCAAAUCAUCGAAUCAAUAUACCUCCAGAGUUAGAAGCAGUUUUAAGAUUAGACACAAGUGGCGACUCAUUUGUAUCAAGUACAGAGGAUCAAUUGCAUACUUAUCAUCAAACUUUGGAAAAUUGGCUCCUGAAUGCUGUGAUCCAUACAUUUGCUAAAUUUUCAUUAGGUCACAAGUUUCAUCAACGUCAAAGUAUGCCAAAUGAUCAAUCUAAAUUAUCGAAUGAUGGUGAAACAGUAUCAGAAAUUGAAAAUUCAUCAAUUUCUUUGCCUACAAAAUUUAACCAAUCAGAAAAGUCCAAUCGUGCUUGUGUUGACUCAGUAUGCGCUCAUUUCACAACAGAUAAAGAUGAAAUUACAGUGUCUAGGUCUAAUGUUGAACAAGCAACAGAUUUAGAUGAAGAUUUCUCAAUGAAUUCUUCAUCUACCGUGCCGAAUAUUUCUGAGCCUUUACAAGAUUCUACUGUAUAUAUGGAAAGUAGUGCAACGAAUGGAUCAGUAGAAGAUACUUCUGAUAUAUUCACAAAUGAACCAAAUGCAUUAAUUCCUCCUUGUCCUAAAUCUCCACAAUUACGUCAGAAUAAAAUUCAAACAAAUGAUCAUUCUAAUCUAACUGCUGAGCCUUCAUUACAUCAUCGUACUGCUGCUCACAUGAACAAUCAUUAUGAUUCACUUUAUCGAGAACUUGAUCGAAAUUCGCCUUCAAGAGAUCAACAAUCCGAUAGUGAAGAAUCACACCAUGCUAAAUCUGUCCCUCAGUAUCAAACAUUGCCCUAUCAGCAUAAACGUGAUUCUAAAAAACCCAAGUCUAGAUUUAUUGAAAGAGAGUCUACUCCUCAACUUGAUUUAUUUACAGACGUGAAUUAUCACUAUGCUCUUUCUCAAUAUCCUCAAACUCAUAAAGGGUCGAAACAACGAAACUAUGUGGAUAAAACAUAUCCAGGAUGCAUGUCAUCAGCUACUGCCUAUCAUGAGCAUGGUCCUAUUCCAGUUGAUUCACUUCAUGAUGGUCAAUCUCCUUUUAAACACUGCCAUAUCAAUCAUAAAAACUAUCCACGUGAUAUUCCUUCACAAAAUCCUGUCGAUGACCGAUCGUUUCCUCAUAAACAUAUAUCCCAACGGUAUUAUCGUCGUCAUAAUAUCCCAAAUCAAGUAAUACGUAGCUGUGAUUAUCAUGAAUGCAGUUCCAAUGAAGCAAGUUCAGAAACUGAUGAUGACGAUUAUGAUUAUUCCGCCCAAACAUGUGAUUAUCAUUCCUUUCCAUAUACUAGUCGAAUGUCUUAUUCUGGUCGGUUUUCGCAUCAAUCAUUAUCUAGACUACCGAAAUCACGUUCAAAGAAUAGAUACAGGUCGAGUGGUCGUAAAUCAUCAGAAUAUGGAUAUGAAUUGGGUGAAUCCGAGAGUAGAGCUUAUUCUCCAGCUCCAUCGUUUGCUUCAUCUCGUGGGGUAGUCAGUCCACGUGGACAUAAAGUUGACAUGAAUUCAAUAGGUGGUGGAAAUAAUCACACAUCUGUUAUUGAUCCAGUUACAUUAGAUCAAAUCAAUCGAAAUAUGUCUGAUUUACGUUCUGGUUUUGAACGUCUUUCUAUGCAACAACAAGUAUUAUUGGCUUCAUCAUCUGCGACAACAGCAGCUGCUUUAAUGGCAAGUAGUUUUCAACAACAACAGCAGCAGCAACCACCACAACAUUCAUCAUCAACACCAUCGGCAGUAAGUCAAUUGUAUCAUACACAAGCAUUGUCUACAUCGACAUCGAAUAUAUCUACAACACGUGCUACAUGGAGUGAUAGACCUAUUGUUCGUGAUUUAAGUGUAAAACAUAAUGUUCAUGCAUCAAUUGAUAAUAAUCAUUCAAUAUUAGUUAAUAGUUCCAUUGAACAUAAUGAAAUUAAUACAGAUGAAUCAGUUGUUAUACAAGCUGAUGAUAAUCACAAUUUAGUUGCUUCUAAUAAACCUUCUUACAAUGGUAAUCCUGAAGAGUGUUCAAUUUCUACUAAUAAUUUUACUGACUUAUCAAAUUCAUCAACUGCACCAUCAAAUCCUUCACCUGUAGAAAAUAGUCAGAAACAAAUGACAUCUCCUGUAUUCAAAACUCCAGAUGCUAAUCCUGAAGGAAAACUUUUCUUUAUUGGCUUCAAAGAACCAGAUCCGGAGCGAAUGCAGCGUACUAGGGAUAGAUUAGAAGCUCGUCGUGCUACAGAAAGAGCCAUGGUUGCUGAACAACUGGAAGCAUUACGUACUACUGGUCGUAAAGAGAAAGAAGCAGCUGAUCGUGCACAAUUUGAACGGAAACUAAACGAAAAAGAAAGACGUGAAGCUGUACUACAAGCACAUUUAUCUAAGAAAGAAGCUUCUUUAUCACCAAACUGUCGUACUCUUACUACUAAGGAUAAUAAUACUAACAAUAAUCCAUACCCUGUAAGAUCUGGUUCAUCAUCACUUUCUAAAUCUGAAGUUAAUUUAUCUACAUCUCUACCUAAGCAUAGUGUCACUAAACGAUCAACUGCUACUCCGAAACGUGAUAGAAGCGCAUUAGUUGCUGCUUCGUUGGAUACUUUUCCAUCGUCGAAACCGAAUUCUCGUUUAAAUUCGGCUAAAUCUAAACCACAUCCUUCAUCGAUUAUUAUACGUGGUAGUGGUGAUGGUGAAGCUGUGGAACCACCAAACACUGAGCCUGAUUGUGAUAGUUCAUCUUUUCGAGAAACUAAAAUUCGUGCAACUCAUAAUCGUCCUGUCAAUGGUAGCUCUGCUGUUAAUAAUAAUACGUCUAGCCGUAAUCCGCUUCCUGCUGGAAUUAGUUUAUCAUCAUUACAUCGACUUGGUGCUUCAGAAUCUCCAUCUAGUGGUCCUGGUGUACCAGUUCAAUGUUUAAAUCAACCACGUUUAUUUGUGAAACCUAAAGCAAAAUCCAAUCGAACUGUUGUAGUUAAUGCAAUUAGUCAUUGUUGUUUAGCUGGAACAGUCAAUGAACCAGCAAAACAACUUGCACUUAAAGAAUUAGCUGCUACUGAAGGUACACAUUUUAUGAUACUAUUUCGUGAUUCUCGAUGUCAGUAUCGAGCUGUGUAUUCAUUUGAUUUUGAAUCAGAAGAAUUAAAAAUUAUUUGUGGCAAUGGACCUAGACGAAUUACACACGAGAUGGUUAAUCGAUUUUUCAAAUAUAAUAGUGGUGCAAAACAAUUUACUGAAAUCACUUCUACCAAACAUUUAAGCCCUGUUGUAGACGCUGUAACAAUUCACGAUUCUCUAUGGAGUAAAUCAUCAUCCGGUGGUGCACAUACAAUUUUAUCAAGUCAUUGUACUUGA